UUGAGAUGUCUCCGGCGUGCGUCUUAGCGAGCUGCCGAUGAGCAUCGGCUCGGGAAAAACGCGCGUUCGCUUUGAAUCCCCAUACUACUACGCCUGGCACCUUCCUUCACAACCUCCUGCCGUCUUGAAAACGCAGAGCGUAAACAGAAUAGUAUCACCAUGUCAUUCAAGGACCUAGGCGUGGCAAAAUGGCUCGACGAGUCGCUCGCGGCCAUGAAAAUAUACACCCCCACGCAGAUCCAGAAAGCGUGCAUUCCAGAGAUCUUGCAAGGCAAAGAUUGCAUCGGAGGAGCGAAAACAGGCUCCGGUAAAACCAUUGCCUUUGCCGCGCCAAUGCUCACAAAGUGGUCCGAGGACCCGCUGGGCAUUUUUGGGCUUGUGUUGACCCCCACACGUGAGUUGGCCAUGCAGAUCGCAGAACAGUUUGCAGCUCUUGGCGCACAGAUGAACAUCAAGCUUAGCGUCAUAGUGGGUGGCGAGGAUAUCGUCAAGCAGGCGUUGGAAUUGCAGAAAAGACCGCACUUUGUGAUCGCCACGCCCGGAAGAUUGGCCGAUCAUAUCUUGAAUAGUGGAGAGGAAACCGUGCGUGGGCUCCGCAGUGUCAAGUACUUGGUGCUCGAUGAAGCAGACCGCGUGCUCAGCAAUACGUUCAGCAAGGAUUUGCUGCGAUGCUUGGGCGCAUUACCAGAUGCUUCCAAAAGACAGACGCUUCUUUUCACUGCCACGGUGACGGAUGCGGUCCGGUCGUUGAAAAACAAGCCGCAGUCCGAGGAAAAACCGCCUGUAUUCUUGCACGAGGUGGAGAGCGUGGAUAAGGUGGCGAUCCCCGCAACUUUGUCGCUCUACUACGUGUUCGUGCCCUCGUACGUGAAAGAGGCAUAUUUGCACACCAUCAUCUCGCUUGAGAAAUACCUGAAAGCCAACAUCAUCAUCUUCGUGAACCGCACCGACACCGCAGAGCUUUUGCGGCGCACAUUGCGCAAAAUGGACUUCCGUGUGGCGUCUCUCCACUCGCAAAUGCCUCAGCUGGAAAGAACCAGCUCGUUGCAUCGGUUCAAGGCGCAGGCAGCCCGGAUCUUGAUUGCCACGGAUGUUGCGUCUAGAGGAUUGGAUAUUCCUACGGUGGAGCUUGUGGUGAACUUCGAUAUCCCUGCCGACGCCGACGACUUCAUCCACAGAUCCGGUAGAACAGCCAGAGCCGGAAGACGAGGAGACUCCGUGUGCAUAGUCACGGAGAGGGAUGUGGAGAGGAUCCAUGCCAUUGAAGAGAGGGCCAACAAAAAGAUGGAGCUCAUGGAGGAUGCCACGGAUGAUAAAGUGAUAAACUCCUCUCUCACGAAAAUCGGACAUGCCAAGCGCGAGGCGUUGAUGGAUAUGGACAGGGAAAACUUUGGGGAGAAGCGGAACAUCAAUAAGAAAAAGAGGGACUCACGCCAGGAGGGCAAGGGUACGGGGAAACCAAGGCAGAAGUAGAGGCUCCGUUCAAGCCACAACUAGCAUUUUUAGGUGAAACACAAAUAAUAAAGUACUUUUAUGAGUGAAGGUGGUUUGUCUUCAAACGUUUUGCUUGCCCAGAUUUCAAAAUGAAGUGGAGGAGCCUGGGUCGUUCUGGCGUCCCUUUGUCAUGGCUGAGGCUUUUGUCAUCUAUUUGCAAGACUCAACCGUUGAAGAUUUUGAGUCUGCUUUCAUGCCGUGGAGCUGAGACUACUUCGAUUGAUGAGACUAGGCUGACACGCCUUUAUGUCAAACGAAUUGGUACAUGACGGGUGUAUGCUUGUUGUCACUUGUUCUGUUCUAAUGUUUUUCGAACUGGAUAGUCAACGUAGAAGUAUUCAAAGGAGUUUGCAAACGAUGAGUCUUUUUCUUUCUUUCUUGAAGACAAUCGCCUGCUUGCUUCCUUGAUCCUUGAAGGCACCAAACAAAGAAGCAA